CUGCCCACCAUGAGUCUUUUGCAAGACGUUUUACGUACCCAAACUCUCGAAUCUUUGGAGAAGACCAUCACUAGUGGGCGAACAAGUCCCGACGAUGAUGAUGAGCUUGUAAAUGUCAUGUCUCUGCCCGGAAGUCCGGGAAUGUCUCGUCCUGGCUCGCGCCCUGCAUCGCGCCCCCAUUCACCGACACGCGGUUCACGACCAAGUCCCCUCCAACCUCUGAGCGGACUGAAGAGCGGGCCAUCGAGAGACCCUCUACGAGUGUUGCCCACCGACGUCUCGCAGCGCGUAUUCUCUCAUCUGUCUAUUCGGGACCUCGCGCGCUGCUCCCGCGUCUCGAAGAAGUGGAACAAGAGCCAGACCUUAAACUAUGUGUGGUUCCAGCACUACCGGAAGGAGAACUUCCACGAUGAGAGCUUGCCUCCGGGGAAGUGGACGAAACGCGAGUCCAAACAGAACUGGCGCACGACGUAUCUAACCACCAUCCCCAAUCGUUCUCCUCCGCAAUCGCCUCGCUCAGGCUACCUUACGCCGUUAAGGUCUGGCCAGCAGACACCUCGCGAGAUCCGAGAGGAGAAGUGGAAGCAGGAAGUGGAAGGGGCAGCGCGGCCGUCCAAGGUGGAGAUGCGCGAAAUGUACAAGGAGCUUGGCGGACGGAAGGCCAGAGGCAAGGGCAAGUUAGGGGGCACGGCCGGGAUGAGAGAUCGGGGAGGCUGGGGCGAGGUCGGCAUCGAAGAUCUCUAGUGCCCCAAGGACGCGAUACACAAGCCCUGACGAAGCGGCUCCCAUGCGCACAUCUCCACCACGGAAUCUGCUGUAGAUUAUAGUGACUCACGACAAUGUAGAACUAGAUGGGUGUGGACACCUUUAACGAUCUACGACACAAUCCCUUCUCGUAGACCGUGGUUGUUAGAUAUGGAUGUCCUCACAUCACCCGCCUAUGUCUCUGCCCCAGCCCCGUAAGUAAAUUCACCCCCUGAGCUUCGCGUAUGGGCGAGAUGUGAUUGGGGAAGGUGAUCGACCGUCGAGAUCCGGGCCCGAUCUCGGCUAGAAGGCACUAGGUUUGGAAUUUGUUCGGGCUUGUUGUUGAACUUGACCCACGACGGCACCUUCGAGUCUCAUCUCUUUCACUGCGCCGCAAUGUACGCUAGCAGAACCAUGGCGAGCAAGUCCCUCUCUUCGGAGAGACUUUCAGGAGGGCUCGACCGCAGCCAGGUACACUCCGACUCGGGAAUUCAUGUUGAUUUGUUGUGUUCGUUCUGAUUAGUGAUGUGUAGAGCGUCCUCGGCAUGUCUAGAGAGACCGAUGGGUUCCUCAGUCCAGAUUUUCGAGGCAUCGUGGCCUCGGUGUCUGAACCACAUCUACCGUCUAUGGCGAGUAAUGUUGACAGUCCUCCACUUGAGACGCCUCCAUCGGAGGAGAGGAGCCCUUUCACAUCCAUACCAGUAAGGGUCGCUCAUUCCAUGUACUGUGUUUUGUUGAAUCCACG